AUGAGAGAUCGUACCCUGGCGCUGGCCGUGCGUCGCCCACUACAAAUUCUCCCCGAUGAAUUUGAUCUCCGCCAGCCAUGCUUGGGAGAAAGCGAUCUGGAGGAUGAGAUUCAACAGUCAGAAGUCUACCCACCGCACAUCAAAGCUGCACUCUGUCGAGUUAUGGUCUCACUGUGCCAGCUAGCUAUCGUCGCGACCGACGUGCUCCUGAUCGUCUACCCAAACACUCGGUACCAGCAAAGAGAUCAAAGGGAUACUAGUGAAAAGCUCGGUGCCAUCGAACAAGCAAAAUUGCGUCUACUGAUGUGGGAGCAAAGCUGCUCUAUGGCCAUGAAUGUAAAGGACCGGCCACUUCAUUCCUCUCUGGUUCUAUAUGGGCACUUGCUGACGAUGUACUACCGGUGA